GCAGUGACCUCCACGUUCAGACGUAAACAUUCACGGUGUGCCCGCCCAGCAGAAUUUUUUAGAGUUGCCCAGUCUUCUUUACGGAGUCUGUAGGGUUGCAGACCAUUUCAGACUUCGUUGUGCAAUUGCAUGAGCCUCUGCUAUCAGCCCAGAAACUUUCUGCCAGAGAGUAUCAUAACUAUAAAGCUCGGGUCUUACAAUGGUAGCAGUUCCAGCGAUAUAAAUCACAACCGGCGCACAAAGGAAACAAUUAUUGUACUGAAUAAUCUGUCACAAAUACAUUUACUGGAUAUCACAUGAAGCGAAACCUAUUCGAUCUUAAUUUACUUUUGUAAAAUAGGAUCAUAAUUUUAAUAUGCCUGUUUCAGUGUGUACUUUGUUAACACGAUGUGCGAUUCGCGAACCAACAUUUUCACGUGUUUUUAGGCGUAUGUUCUAUGCAUUUUUAUAUUCUAUGUUAUUGGAUUUUCAAAUACAUAUCGUUACUAAACUUUCUGACAUAUCGUAAUUAUUUUCUCUUAAGGAUUCUCUCAUAAAUAUAGCAGAAAUGAAGAUGUUAAAUCCAGGAGAAAUGAAAUGUUUACAGCUGAAAAGAAACGCCAAAGAGAGGCUGUUGGUAGAAUUGAAAAAAUUGAAGUCAAAUAUCUUGGAGUCCCUCAGGACACCACAUUAGUUAUGAAUAAGAGUAUAUCAACACCCUUUAAUUGUGCCCAACACAUUUCAGAACUGGUUGUCAAAAGAUCAGCUUUAGCUCUUCUUGAUGGUGUAACAUUGUGGGACAUGCAUCGUCCUUUGGAAGCAGCUUGUACAUUGCAGUUACUACAUUUUAAGGACAGUGAUCCGUUUCAUGUAAAUAAAGCUUUCUGGCGUACAUGUAGUGUAGUGUUAGGAGCAGUGGUUACAGAAAGUUUUAAAGAAGAUAUUCCUGUUUUUCUUCACAGUUUCCCUUCCCCCAAUGUACGUAGUGGAAGUUUUGUGUAUGAUAUUGAGUUAAAUGUGGAGAAUUGGGUCCCAACGAAGGAUGAGCUGAGAAUAUUGACGGGACAAAUGGUUCACUUCUGUCAGCAAGGUCAUAAAAUUGAGAGGCUUGAAGUCAGUGUUGACUUGGCUCUUGAUAUGUUUGCAGAUAAUCCUUAUAAAAGUCAGCAAAUUCCAGACAUCGGAUCUCAUUCAUUAUCAGGUGAUAAAGUUAUUUUGUAUCGUAUUGGCCAACAUGUAGACAUUAGCAAAGGACCGCUAAUAGGCAACACUAAUCUUCUUGGUCGAUGCAGCAUUGUUGCAACCGUGCUUCUUCAAAAUUUGUACGUAAAUCCACAGAAUUCCGCAAAAUCGGCUGAUGGAUCACAUUUAAUUGCGAAUGUAUCUGACGAAGAAAUGCAGGAGCAUUAUGACAACUUUUUCGAAGAUGUGUUUGUGGAAUGUGAAGAUAAAUACGGGGAGAUAGAAGAAAUGAAUGUAUGUGAUAAUCUUGGCGAUCAUCUUGUUGGAAACGUGUACAUUAAAUUUCGCCGCGAAGAAGAUGCGGAAAAGGCCGUGUCUGACCUAAACAACAGAUGGUUUGGCGGUCGUCCAAUUUAUGCCGAAUUGAGUCCAGUGACAGAUUUCCGUGAAGCUUGUUGCAGGCAGUACGAAAUGGGAGAAUGUACACGUAGUGGCUUCUGCAAUUUUAUGCACUUGAAGCCUAUAUCCAGAGAAUUACGACGCUAUUUGUACAGUCGCCGUCGCAGAAGCCGCAGGUCCCGCUCCAGGAGUAGAAGUCAUGAACGUAAUCCUGGAUAUCGUCGAUCACGUUCAAGAUCUCGUGAUCGUCGUGACAGAGACAGGGAUAGGAGGAGGAGCAGAGGAAGUGACCGGAGCCGUGAUAAAGAUAGAGAAGGACGUUCUGGCAGAUAUUGA